AUGGACUGGGCAAUAUCCAUUAUGUUUUGCAGUGCUUUCCAUUCAAGGGCUUUGGUGUUUCCAUACCUGGCCAUGAUGCAGCCGGGGUUAGUUAUUGUAACCAGAAUCAUCUUCUACGAGGACAGGAACUUCCAGGGUUGGCACUAUGAGUGCAGCUCCGACUGUGCCGACCUCUCCCCUUACUUCAGCCGCUGUAACUCCAUCCGUGUUGAGAGUGACUGGUGGGUGUUGUACGAGAGACCCAACUACAUGGGAUACCAGUAUGUCCUGAGCAGGGGAAAGUAUCUUGACUACCAGCGCUGGAUAGGAUUUAAUGACUGUGUCAAGUCCUGUCGCAGUUACCCAUAUUACCGAGUUGGAAACUACAGGAUGAGUAUUUACGAGAGGCCUGACUUUGCGGGACAGAUGAUGGAAUUCAUGGACGACUGUCCCUCUGUCUACGAUCGUUUCCGUUACCGUGACAUCCACUCCUGUCAGGUGAUGGAUGGCUACUGGAUCUUCUAUGAACAUCCCAACUACAGAGGCCGACAGUACUUCCUGAGACCCGGGGAAUACAGGAGAUACAGUGACUGGGGCGGCUACAACUCAAUGAUCGGGUCCUUCAGGCGCAUGAGAGACUUCUAA